ACGGGAUGCGAUGUCGACGAAGCCGACGAUAUCAAUAACCCGUCGCCCCGUUAGAGUCCAAACUAUUCCUUCAAAGCCUUCAGAGCCAGCUACGGCCUCCUCUGUCUACUCGGCGUCCCCGCGAUCUUCUCGAAGUUUCUCGGAUACCAGUAGGGAAACAAAGGAUUCACUGAGCAGCGUUGAUUCGGAGAUUGGAGCAACGUCUGUGUUACCAGUGGGGGACAAGCAAACACCAGAACAUGUUCUAGCGACUCACACAUUGGGGUUUCAAUCCUCCCCACCACAACAACCGCAAAUCUGGAAACGUCGGCAUAUGAAGAGUGGCCGGAACAUAUCUAUCACAGAGCUCAAAUUGGAGAAGAGUAACGGGUCGUCGACGACUCCCCCACAGCAACCGUCCCGGGAACGCUCACUCCCUCCCGUUCCUUCCCAACUGCCUCGAAGCAUACCAGGACGAAAGCCAGUGCCUCAACGGCCUGCACCUCCACAACCCGGCUUGAUGGGAAACAAGGUCUCGAAACGGAGGACCAAAACCACGAAAGCGUCGGAGGAGGAGGAUCCACGUAACGAUGAUGAAGCGACGACCCAACCUUACCCUCCCUUCAAGCGUAUCCCCACGCCGGAGCAUCUAAAGGCCGACGACGACACGCAGCCAUCCUCGAUCUCUCAAGAUCUAUCAUCGAUAUCCCUAGACCCUGUCCCUACCGAACAACCUCCCGACGUCGUCGUCCCUCCCAGAGCCGAUUCUCGCAGGAGUAGUACCGCAUUCUCCACUCUCACCAGCCGUCCCGGCUUCCUCCCCGUUGUUGGCUCUCGCGAGUCAAGUGAACUCACAAUCACCUCUGAACCGGCCGUCAAGCGCUCCCCGCAGCCCCGGCGAGCCUUCGGAUCUCGCAUCCUCACCUCGCACUCGUCACUGUCGCGCGCCUCAGACAACGUCUCAUCCCUCACACCUCGCGUCGGCUCCGGGAUCUUCCCCCCCGGGACCAUCCUCGUGGGGCCACGCGUGGAGAAAGUCCAUCUCGAGUGCUACCAAUCGCAUCGGUUCAUGCGCGGCGCGAAGAACACGCUGUGUCCGUGCGUGUGCCUCGUGCAUGCAAGUCUUGAGUUCGAUCCCGGGCCGCGAUUUGGCUGUCUGUCUAGAGAGGAUCAGGGGGAAGGGCUGGGAAGAAAGGGAGGAGCUAUAAUAAUAGAUUGAUUGGUUCGGCGUUUUGAGGAGGGCGGGCGUUUUUACUCUACGAACAUGACUUAGGGGAUGGAUGGCUUUCGCGGUUGAUGGGGCCUGGUUUUGACUGCUUUACCCAAGAGGGGUUUCUUGUGUACAUGGGAAGAAAAAGGGAUACAGGAAGGAAGCUCGCAGUUGAGUAAUAGAGUGUCUUGAGCUCCCCUAAUGACACAACAACAAGAACCGUGAUCGAGCA